AUUUCUUUCAGUUUCAUGAAACUUUCUGAUGAGAGUGCGUACAAUUGUUCCUUAAACCUGACUGAAAUGGUUCCGAAAAUGAAGCUUCCGGAAUUUCCGAUAUUUCAAAUCUUGGGUAUAAUCUGUAGAGACCGAAACCGUAUUUAUUUGACGGAAUAUAGCGGACGAGCGAAACAUAUAAUAAUUCAUACGGAAAUAAAACACUGCUCGAUAAAUUUGAAAAGCCUGGACAACUUACUGACUAUUGGAGAUACACGCGUUCUUGUCGUCGCAGGGAAAAUAGAACCCAACGAUGAAACUGUUGACAACGAUCAAAAUGCUGGACUAAAUAAUCUAGUCACUUUUCUUUACGAAAAAUUAGGUUCUGAAAACCAAAGUCUAACACACGUGUUGAAAAUUAAUUCUUCUUAUCCAGAAUUAGCUGAAAUUAUGCUGAAAAAUAUAACAAUAGAUGUGCAGCAGAACCAAAUGUCAAAGAUGUUUCCAAAUUUGCAAUCACUCGAGCUCCCUAGUAAUCUACUAACGUCACCUCCGUUUUUCUUUCCAUGGACAGAUACCGUGGCAAUGCUUCCAAGAAAUCUAUCCAGAAGCCCGUUGAUGCAAAAUCAUUAUAGUGCCGUAGAUUUUAUCAAAGUGCCGAGCAAUGUAUUCAGACGAUAUUUUAAUUUGGAAGGAAACGAAAUAAAGAAUUUGAGUGAAUACGUAUUCCAUGGACAUAUUGAUAAAUUAAGUCUAAAAGGAAAUGGACUGUACGCAAUAGGUAGCAAAACAUUCAGAAAAUUGACAAGUGUGCAGAACAUUGAUUUAAGUAAUAACAUGCUUCAAAAUAUACCACGUGAUUCUUUCAAAGGUCUAAGGUCAUUACAGAAGCUUGAACUGGGCGGGAAUAUGAUAAUUACAUUGCCGGCUGAUAUAUUUGAUGAUCUGUCUUCGUUACGAUACCUUGGUUUAGCGAACAAUUCACUUACAACGCUUCCGACAGCAAUAUUUCAUCCGUUACAGAAUAUCGAGGUCAUUCGACUAGAACAUAACCAAAUUGUCAGAAUCAAUCCGGAUUCAUUUUCUUUGAGUGUCGUUAAGUUGAAGGAAAUUCACUUUCAAUUUAACCCGAUCACAGAUUUACCGUAUUUUCCGUUCUAUUUAAGAGGACUAAAACUUGUCAACUUCCGUGCCACGAAUAUAUCGUUUGGAAACUUUACUGAUUUCUUACUUGGAUUUGUUGAUUUCCAGUUGUAUAAUACAGUGGUCGACACAGGCAGUGACUCAGACGUAUCAGACGUUCUCAAACGAGACGAAGUUCUUAGAAAAGUAGAUUUAAGUGACUGUAACAUCACCAAUAUUCAAUUAACAAAGCAUCUACCGCAAGAAAGUUCUAAACUUCUCACCGUGCUUUUGCUCCAUUACAAAUUCGACCUAACAAAUAAUCCAAUCAAAUGUGAUUGCAAUAUUAAUCCACUGGUAGAUUUUAUGAACGGUAAGGCUGAAAAUGGUUCCAUUCCAAAGAAUGAUUAUUAUUUCAAUGAAUGGAUUUGCCAGUCCCCAACUGAACUGAACGGACAUAAAAUGUUAUCUGUCAAUGCAGAGGUAACAUAUUGUGAAGUAAAUGUCCCAAAAUGUCCAAGAGAGUGCGUUUGUUACAAGAGAACGAAAUUAGAACAUUUAAUAGUCGAUUGCAGGGAUAAAGGAUUGGAUAUGUUCCACACCAUCUUACCGGACGGAAAGCUUGAAUUAUGGUAUAGCGGUAAUAACAUAACUAACAUCAACAACGUACCUUAUCCGGAGAGAAUAGUUGUAUUUGAUGUAAGCAGAAACAAAUUAGAAUCAUUAAGUGGAGAUGUGAUAAGGCGAAUGACGUCAUUACACACUUUACGGUUUCAUUCCAAUGUGUUGGCCUAUAUUCCAAAGGAGAUUACAAAUCUCGUCUUGAAAUCUGUAACAAUAUUUCCAAAUGCAUUAACCUGUGACUGUAAUACACUGUGGCUGAAAAAUUGGAUCAGAAAUAACAAAAACGUGAUACUGAAUUGGAACAAAGUAUCAUGUAAGGUAGAGAAUGAAGAAGGAAUGGUUAUGCUAGAGGUACCAGACGACAAAUUUACAUGUGACGAAGAAUUUGAUCAACUCGGAAAAGUUGUUUUACCCACGGUGACUUGCUCAGUGUUAACACUGAUUUUUAUGAUAAUCUUUGCAGUGGUAUACGCGUACCGGCUAGAAUGCAAGGUUUUGAUGUUUGUUUACUUUGGAAUACAUCCGUUUGACAGAGAUUCGCAAGAACGCCGAGAACAUCUUGACUGUGUUAUUGUGCACUCGGGCCUGCAAACAGAGUGGGUAAUGGACGAAAUAGUAACUUUAUUGGAAAAUCAAAAUUACGACUUCGUUGUAUGUGAUAUGGCAAGAGAUUUUGUCAUAGGGUACUCAUUUCAGGAGAAUCUAACACAACUUGUAUGUAAGGAAAGUUUUCCAGAAGGAACAGUAAAUGACUCGCAAGCCUUUGCCGACUCUGAUCAUCAAUCACUUGCCCCAAAAGCUUGCAUGCAAAGCCACGCGUUUAUUUCGUAUCACAAAAAUGACUUUGAUUACGUUUUGAACGUGUUACUUCCCUUACUUGAAGAGAAAGGAUUUAGUUGUUGCAUAUCGGAUAGAGAUUUUGUUGCCGGUGCUUCCAUUGAGGAAAACAUUCUGAAUGCAGUUGAAAGAAGUGAUAGAACAAUUUUUAUAUUGACACCGGCUCAUGUACAAGAUGAAUGGUCUUUGUUUACUUUCAGGGUAGGUUAUGAGAGGGCUCUUCGUGAAAAAUCUAACCAUCUUCUAGUCAUUAUUAAAGAAGAGGUAGACUUUAAAGACCUCGAUGAAGAAAUAAGACAUUAUCUGAAAAAUUAUAUCUGUCUUCAUAUUAAUGACAGAUGGUUUCAGAAAAAAUUGUUUAAUGGAAUGCCGUUGUUAAAGGACCGUGAAGAUUUACACACGUCUCCGUUAUUUCUGAAUUGUUCUAGCGUUGACGAGAAUGAUAGUAUGGCUUUGGUGAGAUCGAGCAUAUUAGUGUGUUACUGUGUGGCUAUGGUAACUUCUACGAACACGGAAAUGGAUGUACCAACUCCAUGUGUCACAGAGGUCAAUAUCAAGGACAUGUUCAGCUAUUUUCACAUGAAUGGGCGACCUCUUAAGUCCGUAGGAUACAUAUUGUUCAUUCUUGAAGAAAGUGAGGCAACUUGUUCACUCAAUACAACCAAGAUUGUUGACGAAAUGGCACUUCCAGCAUCCCCGAGAGCAGACACAAUAGUGUUUGCAUGCCGGCAACGGAAGCAUCUUUAUAUGACAGAGUACAACGGUGAGCAACACGACCAUAUUAUCAUUGAUGUACAGGUUUCCAACUGCACACUUGACAUUCCCAAUUUUGACAAUCUUCUUAAUGUAGGAGAUACCAAAGUAUUCAUUGUUGCAUCAAAUAUAUCAAGGUUACAAAUACCGAAUGGUCGUAGAAAUGUGAAACCCGAAGGUUUGCAAAAUAUCGUUGCGUUAGUAUACAUUCAUUUGUACAAAGAUGUUCCUCAACUGACAGAUAUUUUUGAUACCAAUCAAACAUAUCCUCAGCUAGCAGAAAUUGAGCUGAACAAUAUGUCUCUUCAAAUCUUGCCUGAGAACAUCAAUGUAAUAUUUCCAAAUCUACAAAGUUUAGAACUUCCAAAGAACAACCUGAUAUGGCCUCCUGAGCAAUUCCCAUGGAUUCAAUCGACAGUUAGAUUGCCGAAAAAUAUGUCACGCAGCCCAUUCAUGCAAAGUCAUUACAGUAAAUCGGAGUAUGUGGAUAUGCCGGAUUAUAUAUUCCGACGGUAUUUUACUCUCGAUGACAAUCGGAUAGAGAACCUAAGCAACUUUUCAUUUCAUGGAGUAUUGCACAAGAUAAGCCUCAGAAGAAAUGGUUUGAACACUUUAGGAAACGCAACAUUUACAAAUGUUAGCGGGCUACAAAAUCUCGAUCUGGGUGAAAAUAAUUUACAAUAUCUGCCUGAACAGGUUUUCACGGGUUUGACAUAUCUAAAAUGUCUGAUAUUGAAAGCAAACAAGCUUCAGAACUUAUCUGCUUUGUUAUUCGACGACUUAUAUUCAAUCAAGUUCUUAGAUCUAUCCAAUAACUCGAUUUCCUCCCUACCAGCAGGUCUGUUUACAAACCUUAUCAAGCUUGAGGAACUACGAUUAGAGUACAACCAGCUUCAGGUCGUCAGCCCCAAUGCUUUUCCAAUUUCAUCUAUACAUCUAAAGAAGUUACAUUUCCAAUUUAAUCCGAUUCAAACACUCCCAGAAUUUCCGUUCUGGAUUAGAAGCCUCAUAUUAGCCAAUUUCCAUGCUACAAACAUAAGAAUUGAUAAUUUCACGGAAUUUCUUGAAAGUAUGGAUGAGUUGAAAGUGCUUUCCAGUAUAAUUGAUUCUGCCAGUAACUCAGAUGCAAAAGAUCUGCUUGAAAGGGCAGAUGUUUUAAGGAAGAUCGAUUUGUCAAACUCUAAUAUUAGCAGUCUCCAGUUGGAGGACAAUUUACCAAAGGAACUUGAUAUUUUUCUACUUAUUAUUUUACUCCAUUUUGAAUUUGACCUAAAGGGCAAUCCAUUAAUGUGCGAUUGCAAGAUAAAUAACAUUUCGCAGUUUAUAGAUACAAAAGUAGUGAAUGGAACAAUUUCCGACGAUGAAUAUUUUUUCAACGACUGGGUGUGUCAAUCACCAGUUGAAUUGGCCGGGAAAAAGUUACUUAAGGUAGAAUCCAAGGACACCUACUGUGGCAUAAACCUCACUGACUGUCCUUUAGAAUGCACCUGUUCUAGAAGAUCAACUGUUAAUCGUAUCAUUGUUGACUGCAGGAAAAAGAAGUUAUCGACUAUACACAAUAAACUGCCAAUGGGUCUGUUAGAACUGUGGUAUAGUGGUAAUAAUAUAACGGAAAUAAAAGAACUAGCACACGCUGAAAACAUUUACACAUUAGACGUAAGUUUCAAUAACAUUGUCUAUCUUGAUUCGAACCUGUUUACAAAAAUGCUUUCACUAAAGGAAAUGCGGUUACAAGCAAACGCUCUUGCCUAUUUACCGAGCACUCUUAUGGAAAUUAAAUUUAUAAGUGUAACAAUCUGGCCAAAUCCCUUUACAUGUGACUGCAAAACAUUGUGGAUGAAAAGCUGGUUAGUGGAUAAUCGAAAUGUCAUUAUAGAGUCGGACAAAGUGACUUGCAAAAUCGAAAAGGAAAAAGGAAUGCGUUUUACUGAAGUUUCCAAUGAAAAGUUUGUUUGUCAUGAAAAUUCUGUUUUUGAUGAAACUAGAUAUGUUGUUUUACCGUCAGUGGUCUGUUCAACAAUUGUUGUUAUUGUAUUGAUAUUUUCGAUUCUUAUCUAUGCCUACAGGCUAGAAUGUAAGGUCCUUCUUUUCGUCUACUUUGGCGUUCAUCCAUUUGACAAAGACUGUGCAAAGCUUGAUGAAGACAUAGACUGUGUAAUUGUACAUUCCGGAAUAGAAACAGACUGGGUCAUGGAUAGAAUUGUGACAUUGCUAGAAAACGAAAAUUACCGUUUUGUUGUUUGCGAUAUGGCGAGGGAUUUCGUUAUCGGAUUUUCGUUUCAAGAAAAUCUUACUAGAACUGUAAGGCACAGUAAAAGAAUGAUAUUCUGUUUAUCAAACGACUGGUCCACGUCCUCCGAGAAACUCCUCAUUGCUUGGCGAAUUGCCCAAGAAAAGAUCAAAGAAACCAAGUCGCAUUACGGUAUUAUCGUAUCACAUGAAAUGAACAUUAAGGACAUAAAUGAAAAAGAUUUAAAGCUGUUUGUGAAACGAGGGAGGUUUGUAGAUUCAAACGAUAAAUUUUUCAAAGAUAAAAUUGUGUACUAUAUGCCUCAGGUUGACAGCCCGAGCGUAGAUAAUGUCCAAAUUGUACGGUUCAGAAGAAAAAGCGAGUACAUUUCAAAAUGUUUUAUAAAUAGUUAUUGCGAAGACGUGGUUGAAUAUCAUGAGAACGAGACCGAAGAUGGUGCUAACAUCAAACUGAAUACUCAUGUUUUUAUUUCAUAUCACGACGAUGACUUUGAUUAUGUAUUAAAAGAACUGUUGCCGAUGCUUGAACAAAAUGACUUCAGCUAUUGUAUAGCAGAUAGAGAUUUUGUCCCUGGCGCUUCUAAAGAGGAAAAUAUUCUCAAUGCCAUUAACCGCUGUCAUAGAACAUUAUUCAUCAUGUCUCAGUCACACGUGGACAAUGAAUGGUCAUUAUUCACAUUUAGGGCUGCUUAUGAAAAGUCAUUAAGAGAAAAAUCAAAUCAUCUUCUAGUGUUAAUUAAAGAAGAAGUGGAGCGUGAAAAGCUGGAUGAAGAAGUCAGACAUUAUUUACAUAAUUACAUUUGUCUGAAUGUAAACGACAAGUGGUUUGAAAAGAAGUUGUUUAAUGGACUUCCUUUACUGAAAGACAGAGAGGAUCUUCACACAUCUCCACUCUUUCUAGGAAAUGCAGACCUCAAAGAGGAAGAUAUCUCUGUUGACUGCGAACAGAUAACUGAGAUCUGAGAGAAGACAAUUUGAUAUCAACAAUUUAAGUUAUGGUGUCCCAAUGUGAUAAACUGUGAUAUCAUACAGUAAAAGAUAUUGUAUGAGUCGGCCGUAUUGACCACAUGUUUACGUCAUCGAUGCAUUUCUUUUUCAGAAUUGGGUUUAAAUUGUAUAUGAAUAAUGUAUAUUAAGAAUACAGAUAAAUGAGUGUUGGUAGUAUAUUACAAUAUAAUUAAAAUAAAAUAUUCCAAAAUGUAA